UUCGAUUUAAGUGCUGCCAGUUCGUAUGCAAAUUUGGAAAUUUUGUUCGUUCCCUGCAAGACAGGUACAAGCGAGUUCUUCGAUUAAAAGCCAGGGAGCGGUACUAGCAGUUUCAAUGAAAGUUUCUAUGCGAUUCUAAAGGGCGAAUUGACAAAAGUAUACGAAACUCUUGUGUAGGUGUGAUCGUUCAUCCCUUUCUUGCACAUUACCCAGCAAGUCAUGGGUACUGAAACUCCAACACAUUCAAAGAAAUUUUAAUAACACCACUACAUACACACAUACGCAACAAAGGGUAAAAUACGCAUAAACAUUUAACUCAACUCUUCUUUUCUUGAGCUAUGUCGUGGCUGCUUGUGAAGUAUUAUUUUUUGUGUUUUACUUACAUCAGUGAUCUGCAGCCUAAUUAAAGUUUAAAUUAUUGAAGCACGCAUUUUUAAAUAAGUAAAAUAAAAGUUUUCUAAAGCCACAAUAUGGAAUUGAAGAGGGUGAUACAGUAAGACUUUACUGUCAAUUCGAAGCACGCAAUAGAAGCUACGCAAACAAUGGUCAAUGUCGAAACCAUUGAAUACGUAAAUAAUUGUUGAAUAUAAUAAUAUUAUCUUGCCUUAAAUUCUAAUUAAUUUUCCACACAGAUAUUUCAAACCUCACAUGGCGCGUUAAAUGUACGUAAACUUAUUGGUGUCACUUAAUGUACCAGCGUAGAACUUUCGAAGCGAUGGAAUAUGUGCUGCAAGCAAAUCCAGAACUAUGGAUGCAAACGCUGUUACAUGGAACACAAAUCAUUUACACACCAGAUAUUAAGUUUAAUGUCACUUUUACGUGCAAUUAAACCUUUUGGUAAACACAAGCACGGAAAUUGGAACGACAUGGUUAAGGUGCUUUUGAAACCGUUUAUUAUCACGGCGUGUGUCAACUGGGUUUUGCCAAUGAGCUAGAGGGCAAAGCAGUUUCAGUAUUUUUGGGUUUACUGGCAUAUUAGCAGCUAAAACUCAGAAAUUAAAGGGUAAAUUUAAGUGAAUGUUUGUGCUCAUAGAAAUUUAAAAACUUUUUGUAUUUUUAAUUAGGAGGACUUUUCUGAUUCAUUUUCACCUUGUAUUGAGGAAUCUUAACGUUCUUGUAUCGCUUUACAAGGACAUAAAUUCACCGAAAUUAGUUCAAUGGAAAUACUACAGCAAGAGCAUGGAUCUUAAGACUUGAACGGUGCCGUACUAGAUUUAGAAUUCCUGAAACAUAAGAAAUCCUCCUCCCAGAUGAAUCUAGUAAUACUAUUGAAAUUAAUGAAAGAACAGAUCUUACAAAAACUCCUAAAGAAACCAAAAGAGACCUCACAUAAUGUGCGCAGCUUACACUUCCAGCCCGCACGGGGUAUUUGACAUUUGCCACUCUCCCUCCAGCCUUUGUCAGAUAGCAAAAAUUGUUCAGCUAUUCAAUACGUUAUUCAUAUGUAUAUAGUGUAGUACGAUAAUACAUGUAUAAAGUAAAUAUAAUAAUGUAACGAAAAUAGCACCAGAACAAACUAGAAUCUACAAUCGAAAUCGAUAACUUGCCAGAUGUAUCUAGAGAUCGAUAUUCGUAGUUGCCAGAAUAUUCGAGUGACGAUGUAUCGCUUACAAUCGACUAUAUAAGGGCUGUCGGACUGGCAGCAACACACAGUUCUGAUAAGAGAGUUGUCGAGUGUGGACAAUUCUAAGGAGAGAGCAAAGUGUAAACAAGUUAUAAGUUAGAGUUGUAAAGUAGAGUAUUGAGUACUAAAGUGUUAAGUUAUAAGGAAUUAGAAAUAAAGAUUAGUGUAUAGCCAUUAGAGUGUGACUUUUAUUUGACAAUCCAGUGAUCGAACUCAGGGUAGAGUUUUAGAGUAAACGACAGAUUUUGGAAAUCCGUUACAAUUGGUGUCAGAAGUGGGAUUGACAAAUAAAACUCCAUAGGAGAUAAUGGCCAAAUUCAGCGAAUUAAGGAUACCACAACUCAAAAGAGAGUUGGAACAACGAGGCUUAGCAACGAAUGGUUUGAAAUCAGAAUUGCAAGCCCGGUUAAGAGAGGCAAUGGAAGAAGAAAACAUCAGUGUGGACGAAUUUGUUUUCGAAUCGCUGUUAGAGGAAUCGACAACGAAAAUAGAGGAAAAGGAAGAUAAUCCAUGUUCAUCAGGAGUACAGGACAUGAAGAUGGUUUUGUCUGCAUUGUCACAGAUUUCGUUGCAGUUGACGGAGAUGAAAGCAGAGCAUUCGCAGUUAUCAACGCAGAUAUCAGCUCAAAUAUCGGUACAGUUAAAAGAGCGGAAGUCGGAAGCGAAUGGGAUAUCUUCACAGCUGGAAAAGCAUGAACAAAUUUUAUUAACACAGACCGAAGCGAAUGAUGCGUGUAUGUCAAAGCCUUUGGAAGCGCAAGGGCAAGUUUUGUCAACACACUCGGAAGCGAAUGGAGUGUCUUUACAGGUGAAAGAGGAGGAGGAUGAGUCAAUGGAUGUGGCCUCAAAUAGAGCAGAGGUGUCAACACAACUGGAAGUACAUGGAGAGAAUAUGUCCACACAGUUGGAAGCGAAUCAGACGUAUAUGUUAAGACCUUUAGAAGCGCAUGAAGAGAUUUUGUUAACACAAUUGGAAGUGAAUGGGAUGUCCUCACAGUUGAUAGAGGAGGAGUCGAUGGAGCUGACCUUACAAAGAGAAGAGGUGUCAACACAGCUGGAAGUGCAUGGAGAGUGUAUACCAUCACAGGUUUCGGCACAGGUGUUGACGCAGUUGAAGGAACAGGAGGUGCAUAAAUCGAUGCAGGUGAUCCCAGAAAAGACAGACGUGUCAUGGACAAAAGAUUGUGAUAUGAAGGAACAAGAAUCUCAAGAUGAAGCUCCAGUUGUGAAACAUCCCAAGAAUGAAGAAAUGUAUGCAGAACCUCUAUUCUAA